GACGCACUUCCCGGUCUGGCGGCGGCUGCUCUUUUGAAUUUAAAGCGUCCGGUAACGGAGCGUGUUACACGCAGCGCGAGCGGCGGCCGGUACGAGCUGCCAAUCACUGGCGGGGGGGUGUAGCAGCUGCCCGGGAAUGGCCUUGACUGUGGCGGCGCUUCGGACCUUGCUGCGAGCCGUUGCCAGUGCACCGACUGCCCGCUCCUCAUCCUCCCUGCUGCAGCCGCACACGUUAUCCGGGCCCGGCUUUCUGUGUCACUGCAAACUGAUGAGCAGGAAUGUAUCAUCAAAAAGGAAAGCAGAUCAUCUGGAAAGAACAAUCAACAACUUCCGCCAAGAGAUGAUUGCUCAAGCAAAAGUAUGCGGGAUAAUUCAUGAAUCUGAGACCGUUAAGAGACUACGCCUUGCUGUGAUGAACAAAGAUUUCACCUUCAAAGCAGGACAAUGGGUAGACUUCUUUAUUCCUGGCAUAUCUAAAGUUGGUGGAUUUUCCAUCUGUUCAAGUCCGGGGCAAUUGGAGAGAGAAGGUGUGAUGGAGCUGGCAGUAAAAUACAGCAAGCAUCCUCCUGCCCACUGGAUUCAUUCACAGUGUGAGAUUGGUUCGGAGGUAACUCUUCGUGUAGGAGGUGAUUUCUUCUUUGACCCUCGACCUUCAGAUUCUCCGGUGGAUCUAUUAUUGGUUGCAGGUGGUGUGGGCAUAAAUCCCUUGUAUUCUAUACUCUUGCACGCUGCUGAUCUCCACAGAUUACAAGGAACGGAGCAUUGUAAAUACAAGCCAGGAUCGGUACAGAUCUACUUCAGUGCUAAGAACACCGAAGAGAUGCUUUUCAAGAGAAAUAUCAUAAACCUAGCAAAGGAGUUUUCUGGAAAGAUCAGUUGUCAUUUUCAUGUGACACAGCAAAGCUCUGAAGUACCUGAAGAAAUCUUGCCUUACAUAACUGUUGGAAGAAUAUCUGAAGAUACAUUGGCACAUGUGUCAAAGGAUAACCUCUGUUACAUUUGUGGACCACCUCCAAUGAUAGAGUCUGUUUCUCAACAGCUGGAAAAACUUGGUGUUCCUAAAGAAAGCAUAUUUUUUGAGAAGUGGUGGUAGUGAGAAUCUGAAAAGGCAAUUGAUCUUAUUCUGGUAAUAUGGCAGCAUAUUAUUUUGUAUUGCACAUUAUUGCAAAGUGGCCUGUAUUUGAAUUUUAUUCCCAGUUAAAAGUAAUGCAUGAUGCAGAACUUGGAGUUUGAGAUUGAUAUCAUUGGGUAUUAUGUUAUUCCAAUGAAGAAUGUAUUCAAAUUAUAUUUUAUGUCAUAAAUUAUGUUAUAUUGCUUCUCUGAAAAACCUAAAAUACUCAGUAAAAGUUUAGUUUUUAGACUUUUCUGAACGAACUACGAAAAAUCAAUUUUAUUUCUACAUUUCUUUGGUAGACAAUUGAAACUUAAGCUGCCACCAUUAUCAUCAUAUCAAUGCAAUUUUUCUUUGGGACCAGUCUCUAAUACCACAGUCGAGAAACUGGAUCUCAGUCCAACUCCUGCUGCACAUUGCAUGAUGUCAGCUUGCACAUCAUAAAUAAUUCCAGCAAAAAUUAUUCCAUGCAGGAAUAUUUUUAAUAUUGAAAGACAAAUGUCUGUACUUUGGGGGAAAAAAAGCUACCAAGACUAAUUCCACCUUUCAAUAAAAGUAAUACAAAUUCGCAACUUUAUUUAUGAAACCACUAUUUUCAUGAAUACCCUUAAGUUCUACAUGUUUAAUUCAGCAAUCUGGGUUUACUCUGAGUGUGAAAUAGAUGCAUAACUGUUUUCAAAUGAAAUAGUAAUAAGCAGCUAGUUGUCUUGUCAAAUUGCACCAACAUAAUUCAGUAGCUAUUCCUGUGAUUCAUACUUCUGAAUCAUCUUGGUAUAGCCACUGGUACAAAUAUAUUGUAUAAAGUCUUUGGAUAUAUCAACAGGAUUAAUACUUUGGAUAUGACUUCACAAUUAUCAGUCAGUGAAAGAUUUUAACGGGUAAUUAGAUUUAAGAUGCAAUUUAUCAUGAACUACAAAUUAACUAUAUUUGUCAUUCAAUAUCAUCUACCUGUGAAUUUGGUUUAGAAAAUGUCAAUGUUUUUAUUCUGUAUGAUCUGAGAACUAUGGUAUCAAGAGGGUUGACAUUGGCAAAAUAAAAAUUAUAUGUCUCAUGUCUACUACAAUAAGUUAUUUAAACU